UCCAGGAAAGGACUGACUUUCUGGCUUCACCAACACUGACAAAUCCACUCUGUUUCUCCAGGACUCCGCAGUUCAAGGGAUAAACGUUCAGAGUCUGGUAACGCUUCAGUUGGAAGUUUUUUUUUCUCCUCCUUUUGCCGUCUGAGCAACAACACAGAUUGUUGCCGCUGAACGAAACGUGAUUCAACUUAGACGAACCCGCAGACAUUUUGUUAUUUCAGAGAAUUAGACCGUUUUUUUUCCCCUUUUACUUUCUCAUCAGUGUUGUCGCAGCUGGCUGGGGAGCGCAAACUGAAAGCUUUGAAGGGCCAGCACAAGACGAAGGAAGAAACCAUUACCGUCCGCCAUCUAGCUUCACCCCAAACACCGCUGUGUGCAUAACGUUAUUAAUUUACCCGCGUUUAGCUCGCAUCGCUGCCGCUGCCGCUGGUGCGCUGAGGCGGAAAGCUCGCAACAGCGAUGAAUCAUUUUGACGGACAGCUUUUGAAGAAUUAGCUAGCUUAGCCGGUGAGGAACCUUAACUGAUGGUGGUUUCCUGUUCACAGACACACUAAAUACGGGGUCGGGACAGGUACAGCUGGAUGGUCUUGUGUCACCCAGACAAGACACCGACUCAGCGGCAAAGUGCAUCACUUAAAUUCAGCUUGGUUUUUUUUUUCUUUCUUUUUUUUGUGGGGGGGGAGGGGGGGUCGCUAGCUACUGUUAGCUAGUCGUCCUGCUAACGUUGGACAGCUCCUGUUUAAGGCUGGGCUAGCUUUGGACAAAGGACCAGCGCAAGGAAAAAUAUAAACACAGGGCACACACUUCAUCGUGUUUGGGGAGGAGAGCAACAAACAAGGAACUGACAUGAUGUUUCCACAAUCAAGACACUCAGCUUCAUCGCAGCAGCUGAAAUUCACAACCUCUGACUCCUGUGACAGGAUCAAGGAUGAGUUCCAGUUCCUCCAAGCACAAUAUCACAGUUUGAAGCUUGAGUGUGACAAGUUGGCCAGUGAGAAGUCAGAGAUGCAGCGCCAUUAUAUCAUGUACUAUGAGAUGUCCUACGGGCUCAACAUUGAGAUGCACAAACAGGCCGAGAUUGUGAAGAGAUUGAACGGGAUCUGUGCACAAGUUCUCCCCUACCUGUCUCAGGAGCACCAGCAGCAGGUCCUGGCGGCCAUAGAGAGGGCCAAGCAGGUCACCCCCCCAGAGAUGAACUCCAUCAUAAGGCAGCAGCUCCAGGCUCACCAGCUGUCUCAGCUCCAGGGCCUGGCCCUGCCCAUGACCCCCCUGCCGCUGGGCCUGAGCCAGCCAACCCUCCCCGCUGUCACCACCUCCUCCGGUCUCUUCUCUCUCUCCUCCCUGCUGGCCUCCCAAGCCCAGCUGGCCAAGGAGGAGAAGGCGUCACGUGACGGAGUCGACAGCCACCGCGAGGAGGACGGAGACAAGUCUGAUUAGAUGGUGUUCCCAUUCAGCUCUGUUUUUAUCCAGAGACCUGAAUCCCCUGAUCUGAGCCCCCUUGGCCUACAGCCUCUCCCCUGGUCUCCCUCUAUCUGACCGCUAUCACCACAGCUCCAGCUACAGACCCCUAACCAGCUCCCAUAAUUUGCAGUUAUGGCACCUGCCCUUCAUGUCAGACAGUUCUGAUUCCUUCAUAUUUACUAUAAAUGGAUUGUUUCUUUGUCCUCCCUUCUCUCUAUCAGUGUCUCUCUCUCUCACGUAUCCUGUAACUUUUCUUCAAGCGCUCUUUUUUGUAUACAAUUGAGCUUUGUUUUCCUGUUUUUCUUUUUUUUUUUUUUUUUUAGCCAGAUUGCUUUCUAUUUCUGUUGCUUCCUGCCAUGUCCCUCAGUUCUUAUUCCUGUUUAGUUUUUGUUUUUUUCCCUCCAUGCCUCUCUUCCUCUCACUCUACUCCCACCUCUUGCCUGCGUUCUAAGCGGGUCUUUGUUAGGCAGGACUGAUCUGUGAGACUGAACGCACCCUACUGUAGGUGUCAAAACAGGCUAGAUGUUAAGCAAAGGGAUUCUUUGGCCAGCUGUAAAACUUGUCACACACAGCACAGGAUUCCUACAAACUCACUUUCCUAAGAUAAGGUCUCAAAGAGAUGAGUAGUGUUGAUUUUGGUUUUCCUGGGCAGUUCAGGUUGCAUGCAUUCAUUCCAAGAUAAAGGUUAACUGUGGGUUUAAAUGGUGUAUUUUUAUGGAUCAGAGAAGUAUUUAAAUAUUGCCCUAAUGCUCAAAGUAAAGAGAGAAAUGUCCCCUCUUGUAUUGCUUUCUACAGCUACAGUCACAUCCUAACCAAAAACUGCUUUUAGAGCAGAAUUGUUGUAAUGACAAGACACGUCCACACAAACUAGAGAUUUUGUGCAUAAUCCUAAAUUUAUAUGGAGAAAGGAAAAGCACCUUGUUGGAGCAAACUUCAUGCUUAGAGCUGUCAGACGAGAUAACAAAUCCACCUUAGUAAGUAAUCCCCCCCGACUUACGAUCCUUGCCUGACCCUGAGAGGUGCGUCAGAUAAAUCCGCCCAGCACCUUAACUGAAAGGCAACAUUUUCAUCAGAAGUUAAACAGAGCUGAAGUAGCAACAAAGAGAACAGAGAUGCCACUUGACACGUGCACCCUCCCACCACCUUUUUCAUCUUUAAUGUGCACUAAUAUUAGAGCAGAGGGGAGGGGACAGAGUGUGCAUGUUGUGUGUUUGACAGCAGAGGGCAGCGUGUGUCUUUGAAGAACAGUCCUCGCUGGGUUCUGGCCUGAGCACAAACAAGGACAGGACAAUGACAGAGUACAGGCUGUGUCACAAGGGAAAUGGCUUAUUUAUCCAUGCUGAGUGUACAAACUUAAUAUACAGAGACUAGACUGGUGACAUUAAUCUCUGCAUGCGGCCAGUCCUAGUCUCUGUCAUGAUCCAGUUCUUGAGGAAUAGUCUCUGGUCUAUUUUAAGGAACAUCUCUAUACCUGCAUUAAGACAGAAACCCCCCCUCUGUAAAUUCAGAUUAUAUUGUACAUUUUGAUUCACUGCACACACACACACACACACACACACACACACACACACACACACACACACAGGUCUGUCACAUAUUCAACUAACAUAACAUUAUACAGGUGAUUUAACAUCUACAUACACCACUGAGCAGGAAAUCUGCAUGAUCUAACAAAAUUCUGUCAGUGUAGAUGUGACAGAUGAAGCACAGAAAGCUUGCUGCUGCUCUGAUGAGUAAAAAAACAAAAAAAAAAAAAAAACAAAUCUCGUUCAGCCAUACAGGCCGUACACACCCCCCCACCCCCCCAGGUGUCCUCAGCUACUCAGUUUCUCAGUCUGAUUAGACCUCUCAUGAGGUGGAAGUUGGGCGAAACUAUGCUGAGUGUAAUGUGAUGUCACUAAACUGUGGCUCUGUCCAUAAUCUCUCUUCAUUCGCUGCCUGUGGCUCCACAUGUACCCUCUGCCAUUUAAUGUGAGUAUCAGAACUCACUUCUGAUGCACACACUUAAACUUCAUAGUGCCCUCAGCAGGGCACUGGUUAAAAUGCAUACCAUGUAGCGUAAUUCCAAUGUCCCCAGCUUGACUUUUCAUUUCGUAUCAUUAUAAAAGCAAAAGUACUUGAAAAUUCCUACAAAUUCUGAAUUGAAAAUGGAGUAACCUAAUGAGUGUUUACUAAAUGGGGAACAGUGAAUGUGAGUUCAGACAGGAUGGAUUGUAGAGAUGUUUACAACUCCAGCUGUCAUUAGACAACAAGACGGUCAUAGGACUGAGGAAUUGUGUGUGAGCGCUGUUUGAUGGGUUUAAUUACUUGUAACGAUUCAUUGAUGUGAUUCCUAUAGGACAUGAACACAGCAUCACAGGUGCAACAAAACUACCAGAAACAUGAGGGGAGAUGUCAACCAAGCGCAGUUCAUACUCACCCACAGAGUCCUGGGAAGAGGUCUAAUUAGGCAACAUAAGUGAAAACACGUGUGUGGGUGAACACCUGUGUAAGGGCUUUAACAGGUCUAGUAGCAGCCAGAAUGGCUCCAUUGAAUGUUUGCUUUCUACAGGCUGAGAGAAGAUGAAAUUUAAUGUGUUUCCCCCCCUUUGAAAAAUUUUAGGGUGUUUUACAAACACAUACAUUUCCAUCAUUGACAAGGAGUCGAGUGGUGAUCUGUGUUUCUACGGUGGUUGAUUUUGAAGACAGCUUGUGCAUGAAGUGUAUUAUACAAACCCCACACACACACACACACUCACUCACACCCUUUCUUAGCCUGCUUUCUGUUUUAAUGGUUACACAGUGUGAGUGAAUAGAUAUAAGCAGUUUCAUUCUUAAAUAAACUAUCCUUUUUACACUUCUUAAAAUGAUCUCUGGCAUAACGAUGAAGCACAUUUUAUUGUUGUAGUCACCUUGAGACACAGAUUUCUCAUAAAAUUGCUGAUUCAUGUGCAAGCUUGGCAGUGGAAAUUCAGGAAGCCAAAAAAAAUGUGCAUAAAGGAAUUUCAGAAUGAAACCCUUCAAGUGUCAAAGUUUAGAUGAUAAACUUGAUGAAAUUGGUGGAAUGACUCCUUCAGUGAUGCCCAUUGUUGUGUAUGUAUGUGAACAAGGUGUGUAUAAACAGUUGUACAGGUUUGGUCGUCAGUGAUAAACCAUAGAGAUGAAAUGCGUCGCUGUUGCUUACUACAAACGCUAACAUGCUAUUCUGCUUGUGAAUUAAGCUCGCAGCACAUCAUCCUCCCAUCUAGCCACAUACUGUAUGUAUCUAGCUACAUACUGUACUCGUUGUAGUGAUAUGCAGAGCAUGUAGACAAAGCGACACACAAACACAUACAUCUGUGCAUGUCUGCAGGGGAGCCGGGAUUGAUUUCUUUCUAGUGGAGAGUUUUUUGGGGUUUUUUUAAAGAAUGCUUAGUCCAAAUUUUCUGUGAUCAAUGCACUUGUUUUUUUUGUUGUUUUUUUUUUGUUUGUUUUUUGUUUGUUUUUUUUUCUCCUCUUUGUUCUUAAAUAUUAAUCGAUAUGAACUAGAACCGGAAUUAAAAAGCUGACGCUAUAAACAUACAAAUGAAAUUCUAUGUAUUUGUUAAAGUAGUAGGAGGGUGUUCGCCUCUGUAUACAGUUAUACAUAGAAAGCUUUAUGUGUAUAUGGCUGCAUCUUCUCUUAUCUGUCCUGGAUGAUUCUUGUGCUAUUGUGUUACAAAACUGAUGUGACACCAGGGGGGAAACUGCAGUACGUUGACCUUUUGCCCUUUGACCCCUUUCCUCUUCUAUAUCCCCCUUCCUUACCCCGCCUCAUCCCUUUUACUCCCAUGCCACAUCCCACCUUCCCAACUUAUUGCCCCCAUAGCGUGAAGCAUUGUAAGCGUUUUGAGCUUUGUAAAGUUCUUUUUUUAAAAACUUAUUUUGUGUAUAAUGUAAAACCUGAAAGUGUGUACUUUGGCAAAAAAAAAAAUGUUUUGUGUCUGAAAUCAUAGCUUCAUUUAAACAAGUAAACAACAACAACAACAAAAAAAAGAAACUAUUUAAAAAAAAGUACAACAAACAUUUACUAUAAAUAAUACGAAAUGUUCUGCAGUAAGGAAGGACUUCUGGUGCCUUACAAAUAAAGUCAAUCAAAUCAUAAA